AUGGACAAACUCCAAACCACGGUGCUUGAUCCGCUCAAGCCGUACUUGCAGCCCGUCACGACCGCUCUGCCGGAGCCCGUCCACGAUGCGAUUAUCUCGCUGAUCGGAUCGCCGUGCCACAGCGCACUGGUGCUCGACCUCGACGUCAGCAAGGACCCGGCCUGCACGUCGCUCGCCAUCUCCAAGGCGCUGGGCCUGGCCAUCGUCGGUGCCAGCGCCAUCGUCAAGGUGCCGCAGAUCCUCAAGCUCGUCAGCUCGCGCUCCUCGGCCGGCGUGUCGUUCGUCUCGUACGCGCUCGAGACGGCCAGUCUGCUCAUCACUCUCUCUUACAACGUGCGCCAGCAGUUCCCGUUCAGCACCUACGGUGAGACAGCCUUGAUUGCCGUGCAGGAUGUCGUCGUCGGCGUGCUGGUCUUGACGUUUGCCGGGAAGCCUGCCGCGGCAGCGACCUUUGUUGCUGUCGUUGCGGCGAGCAUCUACGCUCUGCUGUUCGAUGCGAGCUUGGUGGAUGCACACACGCUGGCCUACCUCCAGGCGGGCGCGGGCCUGCUGGGCGUCGCGAGCAAGGUGCCGCAGAUUUACGCCAUCUGGCGAGAGGGUGGAACCGGACAGCUGAGCGCGUUCGCUGUGUUCAACUACCUCCUCGGAUCGCUCUCCCGCAUCUUCACGACGCUGCAGGAAGUCGACGACAAGCUCAUCCUGUACAGCUUCGUCGCCGCUUUCUCGCUCAACGCCAUCCUCGCGCUGCAGAUGGUCUACUACUGGAACAGCCCGGGCCUUGCCCGGGCCGAGAAGAAGCCCCAGAAGACGGUGGUGGAAAAGACCCCUGCUGCUGCUGCUCCUGCUCUUGCUGCUGCUACGGCCGAAAGCAGCAGCGUCGCCCCGAGACCGACAGGAAAGACACCCACUACCAGACGGAGGGGUUAA